AUGCGCCUCCUUCUCUACGGCUUAGCUCUGGUGACGUCUUCGUUCACGAUUGAAACACUGAAUCGGGGUUCCUUUCUCAUCUUUUCACCAUCACUUAAAAAUAAGAAGAAAAUAAUUUUUGAUGUUUUAUAACAGUAUAUAAAAUGCUAUUUUUGAAAGAAAGCCCUUUUUUUCUAUAGUCACAUAUGGGUCAAGCUCUAUUUGGGAAAAGCCAGACUUUUUUCACCAUCCUUUUUUUUUCAGGAGUUUACCAUGAUGAAGACAAACCAGUGUCUCUCGAUUACGAAGAUGAUUCGCAUAACCUGACGGAUUUUGCCAAUCGACAUGUUAACGAUGAUGACGCUGAUUCAGAGGAACCUUUAACGGAUGACAAAGAUGAUAGCGAGGACGCGUAGGACGUUUGGAUCUUAUUGAGAUGGAAGGAAGUUGCAGAGAUGGUGAUUUCCGAAAUACAACUCCUGCCGAUUCUAGCGCCAGAGCCGAAAUCUUGAAAAAGAUUCAGAUGGCUCCGGCCACCUUCAUAGAUAGGUCACCAGGUUUCUAAUUUUGUUGAUUGUUUUUCUUUUUGUAGAAAAUCUUUCGCUUGUCCACUGAUAAAGAAAAACUUGAAAACGGGAACCUCAAUAGGCGACUUGAGCCCAGAGGAUAUCUCGAUUAUCGCAGCAAUGGGUGACGCUUUGGCGGUAGUUUUGUUCUGUUUAAGUUUUUCUAAAUGAUUAUCAAAGACGGGAAUCGGACUUUGGCCUCAAGCGACGAUUGAAUUUCGAGGAGCUGCGUUUCCUAUCGGCGGAGAUGCUACCAUAGACGGUCUGGUAACUAUCCCGAGUACGUUUUGCUUACCCCCUAAUAUAGUAUAUUGGCGUUCAGACAUUUUGCGUGAGUUCAGUCCCCGGCUUUUGGGUGUUUCGCAUGGGAUGGGGACACGAGAACAGCUCCCCGAUCAUCAGUUAAACGUCGCUCAAACAAACGCCAAAGUUUCCGACCUUCCUGCCCAGGUAUUUGCUCUUCCUUAAAAGGGAUGUCUUUUUCUUUGCGAAGAUUUCUUUGGAUUCCUUCAAAUUAUCUUUUAAAAUCAGGAUGAAGAUCUAACGUAGCGGCUACCUGCAGAAACUGUCAGUUUCGAGAUAUAUAGUCUUGAGAAAAUUUUUGGAAGUCAGAACCAAAAAAAAAGAAACAAAUUUCUACCAAAAAUAGGAAAGUUGAUACUUUCGAUGAAAGAAUUUUCCUGGGUAUCACAUGGGUGAAGUCCAGAAGGACCUAAAAAGAGGCUUUGGAAAAAAGGGGAUCCUAAAGGUCUCACAGGCGCCUUUUAGGGAGAAUAAGAAAAAAAAGGGUAAAGAGAUUCCGAGGAAGUUUUGACAUCUUUUUACACAAGCAAAGUCCAAAAGGCCUCAAAAAAAACUUUAGGAAAAAAGGCUCUAAAAGGUCUCACAGGCUCCUUUUUUCUAGAACUUGUUCAUUAUUUUUUAAGAAGGAAAAAUGAGAAACUUUAGAAACCCUCUUGGGAACUCAAAAAGUAACUUUAGAUUUUUCUUUUUGAGGCCGUUUGGACUUUGUUCCUGCGCAUGAUAAUUUCGAUUAAACAGGCGUACGAGCUCGUUAGACGAUUGAAGAAAGUAAGAGACGUGGACUAUUCUCAAGUUUGGGUGAUGGUGAUCGUGACGAUUGGAACACAGGAGGUACCUUUUUAGUGAUUUUGAUCAGUGUGAGGCUUCACGUUGAAGGUGUGCAGUGGGUGCAGCGGACCCGACGAUCACUCCUCCUUGGAGGAAACCAUUGACAUCCUUCACAUGAGCAUCCCCAAGGCGAUCGUCGUGCUCCUCGGUCCGCUACACGUUUCGUCCCCUCAACGCUACCAUGAGAACAUUUUAUGGUUUGCACUUAUUUUCCGUUCCGGGAUGGUCCUUUUUCAAGGCAAAGAUGUGAUUGCCGAAAGGAGGACAUCGACGAGGCGGGUCGUCUUUGGAAAGAAUCGUUUAAAAAGCUCGAGAGACACCUUGCUAGUACCAGCUUAGAGGUUUUUUUCUUACCCAAAAAAAAUUAUAUGUUUUGGGUUGAAAGAAGUUAUAAAUAAACCAUUUAGAGCCCGACAUUCGGUCUCAUUGCCCUUCCCAUGCUGACGAUAACUUCUCGCUUCCCCAAAGGGCUUUUCAUGCCGAACAGCCCUCUUCUGAAUCGCAGAGGUAUGUAGAUUAGUUUUAUCUUUUUCAAAUAGGUCCCCCAGGACAUAACUACGCAACCAAGUUUCUGUGGAAUCGACUACUGACUGGAAAGGAGUAUAAUCUAACGUCGGUGGUCCUUUCAAUCGAUAAGUAUGCCUGUCCUGAAGUUGUGAGUUAUCGAGUAUUUGUAGACAUCAUUCCAUUUUUUUCUCAAUUCAUUAAAAAAAUCUUUUUGCUCAAAUUUUUUCUAGCGGUGGAUGAGUCUUUCCGCGUGUUAGCAUAGAUUGAAAUUUACGCGAGCUUUUUAAAAAAUGAGUUUUUUUUUUGCAAAUUCAGUGACCGUUUCUCCAUGUUUUUCCUUUUUUGAGCGUUUUCAUUCGCAAAAAGUUCCGCUGUAUAUUUUAUAAGCCGUUUUUUUCUUUCUUAAAAGUUUUCAUUACCGAAUUUUAAAAAAACCAUUCAAGGGCUUCGGAAAGGCUGAGCAGUUGGUUGUAUAUAAGAAACUUCAACGAUAAUUUGCAUUUUUCAGCAUUGUCCGUAUUUCCGAACAUGGGCAAAUGCGAAGGAAUGUCAGACUUUGAGUCGUUCUGAAGCCAAAGAGAAGGAGCUUGCCCUUGGAUCCGACGGAAAAAUCAUCAAAAUGGUUCGUAUUUAGGAUUAAAAAUGUUUCCGAAUUUAUAGUUUUUAUAUGAGAACAUGUCUGUUAGUGGGCUGUUAAUAUAGCUUCUUCCUUUUUUAUUAUCACGUUAACUGUUUUUUUUUCAAGCCGAGACGAUCUCGCCAGCGCCUUUACACGAUUGCUGGAAUAAUAGUCGCCCUGGCGUUUUUCUUCGUGAUAAUGUGCGGAUCUAUUUUCUACCAUCGCAGUAAAGCGGUAUGCUUUUUAACAAUUUGCAGAAUGGAAAUGAAUUGACUAUGUACUACAAAAUAUAGAUAUUUUCACCCUUGAAUAUCUGAAGGUAUUUGCAAGUAAUUCACAAUGGUAAUUUCUAUGAAGAGUUUUUUUCAUUUUCCAAGCGGCUUUUUUUAUAAAAAGCUUUCGUGAAAUUUUUUUGAUUUAUCAAGACUAAUAGAAAGGAUUUUUUCGUGAAAAUAUAUUCGAAAAUUUUGUAACUGACAAUAAUUUUAUCUGAAAAAAAUGAGUUUGAAAAUGUUCUUCUAUAGUCUGUGUGGCACGACUUGAAAUUUAACCGAACGACAUUCCGCUGUGCCGCUGCGUGCGUUCGCGAAGCGUCUUUCGAAUCUAGGUCACGCUUUCAAUUGAUUGUUAUUCCUGUGGGUGCACAUGAAUGUAGGGUACCUUAAAAAAGAAAAAAUAAUAAUAAAAGUGCGACCAAAGUUCGCAAAGGCGCGCAGCGGCACAGCGGAGUGUCGUUUCGUGAAAUUCCAAGUCGUGGUACACAGGCUAUACAUACUGUAUAUUUUUUGCAACAAUAUAAUUUGACUUUUUAGGCGUCCCAUGGAAGAUUCGAAGUGGUGGACGAGCCUACAAAGAAGCUCGAAGAGGCUCAGAAAGAGGAACAGAAAGCGCUGCUCAGUCGCCACAACACUCGCGCCGUUUCAGACCUCAACCUACCAAACGUCGUUUCGCGCCACAAUACUUUCCGAGGAACUAUCGAUGAGCCUCCGCUUCUAGAAGAGUAG